CGAAACACACAAACACAGUGGCAGUUAGUGACGAUGCUGAUCGCGGAUAUACCACCUAAUCAGACAAUCGACGUUAAGAAUCUCAGCCAGGAGGUCAAGAAAGAAGUGCCCUCUACAGAUUUGCUCGAGGUAAUUCAAGCAUCAGAAUGAAGGUGAAGAUAGUUUGGCGGAAACUUCGUGAAUACGUUCGAUAUGAUUUAAAAGAAAUUGCAUUUCCCUCGUCUUUGCCCGAUCCGCCUCAUUUCAAAAAGCGGAGAAAAUUAACAUGGAAAGAACGAUAUUUGGUGCUGAAGGAAGCAACUAGACUUUAUGCUGCAAGCUGGGUAAGAGACAUAGGUCCUGAGCUGCGACCAAAUGAAUACAAGAAGAAGGAAAACUCAGGAGAUGGACCUGAUGGAGUAACGGGUUCUGCCGGAAAAAUGGAACCUUCAACAUUGGAGGAUCUAGCUGUCGCUGCUCGAGGUGGAAUGGAGACGCUUAGACCAGCUUUGCAGCGGGUUUACAUGACUAGAGCCUCUGCUUACAGAGAUGCACUGACGAGCUUCAUAAAAGGGUACCAAGAAGGCAUUCAAGAAGUCAUGGAGAAAAAGGAUAACUCUGAUGAAAACAAUGUCAUGGAGAAAAAGGAUAUCCCUGAAGAAAACAAUGGCCCAAAAAAGGCUACUUGAUCAAUGUGAGAAAGGACCCUGAAAGCUCUCUAAAUAUAAUCAAUUGAUGCAAAAAUUGUCAGUAAUUCUAAAAUCAGUGAGAUAUUUUGGUAGGAAAUCAUAUUGUUAUUAAAGUUGAUUGUUAUGAGGUCUAAGGUGUAGUUUCCAAUGAGAGGUUGUAAUAGUAUUCAGAUUUGAUGAUGUUGGAAACAAUUAUGAGAUAUAGUGAAAUACAUGGAUACCCAUAUC